UCAGCAGAAAGAGACAGAAAGUCUUUUAACAAAUUCCUCUCCUUCUGGAAAAGGAAAGCCACUCGACAAAAAGCCUCCUCCCUUUGUGUCAGCUAAGGGGACAGCACAGAAUCAAAGUAAAUUAAGAGCUCCGUAUGUACAGUUUUCAAUUAAAAACAGAGACAUGGAAGUUAUUGAUAGGUUUGAGGUACACCUGUCAAUGAAGUGCCUAGCAAUCAAAUUGGAAAUGAAAAAGGCAAUUCUUCCUGGUCUGGCAUUAUUACAGACAAGACCAGAGACUAUAGCUUUCAUGGAGCAGCCAGCUGUGGAUCGUAUUGAGAUGAACUUGAAACACAAGCAAAUAGAAAAACAGCGGGGAGUGGUUACGAUGUAUAAAAAGUCCAUGGCUUUGAUGAUCCCUAAAGCUCCACCUCUGCCACCUCGAAUGAAUCAUGCAAGCAUGAGCGAUCUUCCUCCGAGACGAGACGGCAACGGAAUGGCCAGUCAGAUGAUGUCAGCGUACAGGGAGCCAUGUACGUCAACAGCAUUGGGGAAGACGGCAUACCCUCCCGAAAGAAAUGCUGCAAAAAAAGGAAAAGAUCCGGAUCCAAGGAACAAAGGCCAACUUCCAGCUCAGAAGAGGAGGGCAGGCGUGUCCAGAGACUCCGGAGGAAAUCUAAGUCCAGGAGAGAAGAAAGGGGCAACAGGGGGCCCUCACGAGCCGCCGUGCUUCUCACUCCAAAAUCUACAGUCACUGAGAUCCAUUUCAAAUUCAGAGUGGAAGGACAGACUCAAGUGGACAAGCAGCAGAGGAUCAUAGAGUACAGGGGGGAGGGGGGGGGCUUAGACAUUUCAGCUCUUUACGUGUCUGUUCUCCCAAAUCAUCAUUCUUCACCUUCAAAUAAACUGUAACGUAUUGACUUUCUGUGUCAUAUUUACAUCAAGGUACAAACCAGACUGUCUGAACCACUGUGACCAAUGCAUCCAGUGCCAUUAACAGGUCCAUGCUCCUGCUGCUGUUAAACUUUUAGUGAUAAAAUAAUAACGAUUAAAACUAGAAAGAAACUCUUAAGAGUAUUUAUACAAGUUUAUAUUGCAUAAUACAGUGCAGCAAUAUAGAGAAAGGGUAAUUAUGAACAGCAGGUCAUAUCAGCGUUUGUAUAUCUUGUUAAAAAUUGUAGCUAAAGUGUUGAUGGACAAUACAUAGGUGAUAUUUCCUAUGAAAAAGUGUAUUAGUGUUUUGUAUUGUCCACAUAAUUUUCACCAGCAUUUCAAUAGA